AUGUUCGGCUUUGUCGCAGACGGUUUAACCGUCGCAACCACAGUCUUCUUCCCUAUCUUCGCAUCCUACAAAGCUCUUCACACCUCAGAUCCAGCCCUCCUUGCACCCUGGCUGAUUUAUUUCGUCGUCCUCUCCGCCUGCACCGCCGUAGAAAACACCUUCGAUUUCAUCCUCAGCUGGGUGCCUUUCUACUCAUGGAUUCGCUUCUUCGCACACCUAUACCUGAUCCUACCCGGUUCACAGGGCGCAAGCUACCUGUACCAGGAGUACAUGGAACCUUUUCUUUACCACCAUGAGCGCGAGAUCGACGAGUUUAUCACCCAGAGUCAUGAUCGUGCCAAGUCAGCAGGCAUAGCAUACGUCGAGAUGGGUAUUGAGUGGAUCAAGGUCAACGUGUUGGGCUUCGCACCCAGGAAGCCCGACUCGCCGAGACCUGACGGACAGACCUAUGCGCAAAAUCUCAUGAGCAGAUUCCAGAUGCCGUCGGCGAGGGGUAGCAACGACCUUUACGGGCUGGUCAACCAGGCACUCAGCGGAGCCAGCGCCCUCUAUGGUGCAGCUGGCACCGCAGGUACACGAGAUGCGCAAGCCUCAGAUCUGAGCCGCGGUGCAGGGAACCUCGUCCCCGACUCCAUCCGUAACAACGACGACCGAUUAAAUUACGUCACGUCCCAACGCCAGCGCCUCGAGACCCUCCUACAAGCAUUCGACCGCGAGCAAGAUAACAUUCGCUCACAGCAAACGGGUGGUAACAGAUAUCAUGAAGUCAAUAAAAGUAGCGGAAGUCUGUCUGGUAGCCUCUCGCGCAACAAAAGUGAAGCCGAAUUCGACAGAAUCGAGCGCGAUGAACUGAGCUCAGGUUCUGAGCGACCACCGUACCCUAUCACCCCGCCUGCACUAGGUCGAAGGACAAGCAGCGGUUGGAUGCCAUGGAACUGGCAGCGUCAGGAACAACCUCGAGAUGACCCGAUGGCCUACGGCAGGGAACCGAGCGAUAUAAGGAACAGCAGGGAGCCGAGCGAUAUAAGGAACAGAUCGAGGGCUUCGGGUUUCGAUCUAGGCGAUCGCUAG